AUGGAAACCCUACAAAAAUGCUCACAAAAGUCGGAUUGUUUCCCUUUAGACAUUCUAGGUCAGCAACCGCGCAUUAAUAGGUUGUAUACGCAAAUCACACUCUGCUUUGCACUUCCCGGUAGCGGCCCGGUCACGGAGCAAAAAACCAUCAAUAUCCUAAGAAAAGGCAUUAGAGUACUGUCAUCUACUUUUCCAUGGACAGCAGGAAGGGUCAUCAAGGAAAAUGACUGUUUCCAGAUACGGCCUCUUGAGAGUUGCCCUGACAUAGUUGUCAAGGAUUGCAAACACGACGUCUCACUGCCGGACUGGGACACACUCCAAAAAGCCCAAUUUCCAUUCAGCAUGUUGAAAGAGUCAGACAUAGCACCGUACAAUACUCUUGUAUCCUCAGCUAUAACAGACUUGGACCUACCGGUGUUUAUUGUUCAGGCAAAUUUCAUUUCCGGGGGGCUCCUAUUGACAAUCAAUGGCCAGCAUGGUUCGAUGGACAUGGCGGGCCAGGGGCAGGUGAUGCAGCUUCUCACCAAGGCCAGCCGUGGGGAGCAGUUUACCGCUGCUGAAGUACGUAUUGGGAACAUGAGUCGAAGGAGUGUCAUUCCAUUACUUGAUUUCUACACGCCAGAGCCUGUUUCGGAGCCCCAAGUCGUCGAUAACAAUAGUCAGAACCAGCCUAUUCAAAAAGAAGAUAAAGAAUCGCCAAUCGUAUGGGCAUAUUUCGUCUUCUCUAGCACAUCUCUAGCCUGUCUAAAGUCGAGUGCGACUGAAACUGUACCAGGAAAUGGUUUCGUCUCCACAGACGAUGUGCUAAGUGUUUUUGUCUGGAAAGCAAUGACCCGAGCACGUCUUCCGCGUUUUACGGCGCCAAAUGUACUCAAGUCAACACUUUUUCGCAAUGUUGAUGUCCGACACCACCUUUCUAUUCCUUCUUCAUAUCCAGGACUAGUGACAAACGCAACAAUCCACACCUAUGCGAUGAACGCCGUCAUGGAUGAGCCUUUGGGUAUCCUGGCAAACGACCUUCGCUCUGCGCUUGACCUAGAAUCGUUAAAGUACAAGACCCGCAUUUUGGCAACGCAAAUCAGCACUGCUGAGAAUGCACAGAAGCCAAGUUUUGUUUCUGGUAGUGUCCCUGAAUUGGAUGUUAGACUUAGUUCAUGGGCCAAAGAGAAAUUCUACGAUCUUGACUUUGGAUUUGGAAAGCCAACAGCGGUUAGAAGACCACAGUUCAUCGUUGGGGCGAGAGAAGGGCUAGUCUAUUUCCUACCGAAGAAGCCAGACGGUGAGAUUGUGAUCGGCAUAUGCUUACGAGAGGAUGACAUGGAGCGGUUGAAAGAUGACAAGGGGUUCGCCAACUUUGGCCUAUAUAUUGGAUGA